UUUGGAUGUAAGGAGGAAUGGCGACGUUCGAGGCGUUCUAGGAGGCCAGAGCGAAGCUGAAUCCGACCAAACAGAGGCGGAUUAGAGGCGGUUAGAGCUUUUUUUCAAUAUUCACACAGAUGUAGGCAUGAUUCAUCUGUUGUGCAGCUGAAGUCUUCUGUUAGAAGUCUCAGAAUGGACAGAGAGGUGACCUCGUCCUCUUCAGGAAAUAUCUCGUCCUCCUCCCCUCAGAUUCCUCCCGGUCAGACCACUUUAGCUGCAAAGCAGCGCGAAAGCAGGAAGUCCUCGGCCACCACCCCUGCCUUUCUCUCCAACCUGGGGAGGGCAACCCUGCGGGGCAUUCGCAAGUGUCCUCAGUGCGGCGUCUACAACGGGACCCGCGGGCUCAGCUGCAAGAACGCAGCCUGCGGCGUUAGGCUCAGAGAUGCUUCUGCAGGAUGUAAAAGCAGCAAGAGAGGCGCGGUGGAGGUGGUGAGGGUGAUAACUGACAGCGAGGAGGCGAGUUGUGGGAAAGAGCAGGAAGCGGGAGGAGGUGCCCAGGUGUUUUCGGUGUGCCACAGAGGAAGAGGAAGCACUCAGUGGGGAUUUGUGGAGCUGGUCCCCACAGACACGGCCAUAGCGACCGGGGAUGGAGCCACCCUGCUCACCCGCAUCAACCUCGGCCGCUGCUUCCUGCCCUCCUGCAGACAGGGUGAGAGGUCAAACAGGCGCGAGUCCAAUUCAGCAUCAGGUGAGCAGUCCUCCAACAGCCUCUGCAUCCAUAUUAAACAGGCCAUAGACUGCAGGAGCCGCGCUACGCCCCUCACCUUUAAGAGCUCCGUCCUGGAGGCUUUGCAGGCGUCCAUCCAAGCCAGGGAGGAGCUGUGGAGGCUGGCCACAGAGUCCCCCGGACCUCUGGUGCAGCGGGUCUCCAAAGACACCCUGGUGGUGAAGUGCCACACAGACUCGCAGCAUCCUCUGGGCCUGCUGCACCUCACCGUGGCUCAGGUGGACACACUAAAGAGCAACAAGAAGGUCUUUCAUUGUACCUGCCAGGUGAGCGCAGGGAGAGUCAAACCCGGCGUGAACGGAGCCGCCUCGCUCCCUCCUCCUCCUCCUCCUCCGAGCCCAGCCACAUCCCUACCCUGCCUUCAUUUCUACGCCUGCGUUUGCGCCUUCUCAAGCAACGAAAAGCUGGCUGCAGAGUUUGCAGCGUUCAUCAACUACACCUCAAAAGGUGAGCAGCAGAACGCUGUCGGUGAAACCAAACCUCUGCAGCAGGCAGACUCCAUCAACGCCCAGCAUAAAGCGAAGAAGCAGCGUUUGGAUGAACCUGCCUCUGGUGCAGCCCCUCCCUCUGCAGAGUGCUGGAAAGACGGAGUGCCGGCCUCCGGCGCGAGGAAAGCCGGUCAGAGGAAACCUGCAGGCGGCGCUCAGGUUGUUGAUGAGCGCACAGUGACGAUGGGCUUCCAGCCGUGGCUAGCCAGUGUGACUGAGAGGAUCCAUCAGACGAUGCACUACCAGUUAGAUGGUAAACCACAUCCACUAGUCUACCAGAUCCCCCAGGAGUUCUUCAACGCUCUACAGCAGCGGCUGUCGCUGGGAUCCAAGAAGAGAAGACUGCCCAAUUUCACGACAACAUCUGUGAGGAAAAACGAGGCUCCUCUGGGCUAUUUCACCAAGUACACCUGGCACAUCACCAACCUGCAGCAUGUCAAACAGAUUUUCGACACGCCUGAGCUUCCAUUAGAAGUCACUCAGAGUUUUGUCAAGAAUCUGGACGGCUCUUACUCUCACUUUAACCUCCCUGAGUCGCCGCCUGAGCGGGAAUUGACAGACGGGUGCAGGUCGGACCGUCCCCAGGCCAUACGACCAAUGGAGCACCGCACUUUCCUCAAAGUCGGACCAAACUCUGGGGACCAGAAGGAGUCCAGCCCCUUCGUGAUCCAGUGGAUCCCUGACGUUCUGCCGCGCUGCCAGAUGGGAGAGCUCAGGAUCAGCUUUGAGUUCGGCCACCAGCAGAGCGGCCAAUCAGAGUGUCAGGAAAAAGCGGAGAAGAAAGCUCGCAGAAAGUCUGACUGUUCUCAGAACAAAGCGCUAAAGGACGUUGAGAUUCUUCAAGUUGUUCUAUAACAGCAGGACAUUCAAUAACUAGAUAAUACGACGGGCCCCGCGCAGAAAUCUAUGUUCCCUUCCAAUGAAUCUAUGCAGAGUGCGGAGACAGAAGCUACCAGGCAGCAUCAGUGGUCAGAGGACUGAAGCUCUGUGUUUCCAGCAUCACUGACUGUGCUUCUUUCUCAGAUGGAAAAAAAAAAAACUUCACUGAUGAACAGAAUCUAGAGAUGAUUUUCUGGCACAAACAUCUUGGGUGAAUUAUUGGAAAAAAACAAAACAAUACAAUAAAAGUAAAACUUUUUCUAACUUUGAAUUUGAAACUUUAGGUUUUAAUAAUUUCUUAUUGAGCAAAUAAUUAGGAUUCACACGGGCGGUUCUAGGAAGGGAUCGACAUAAGAUAACGGAAAAAAGGACAGGAUUUUUUCUUUUAAAUAGACAUUUUCUAAAUUUUGGGACAAUAUCGUCUGAUAAAGAGUACAUUUAUAUACAUGUUCAAGCUAGAAUAACUUGACAUUUAAAUAUUAUUUCCCUAUGACUUUAAUAUACGGAAUGAUGAAGUAUUGUCUUAUUUUUUUACUUUAUGCCCUGAAAAAAAAAAAACACGCCUUCCACUCCGGUAAACUUGGUCUAUAACUCCCCCCUUGUUGAAAUCAUAUCCAGUUGUUUCCAGCUGCUGUUGGUGACCUAUCAGGUGAGCUAGUUUUUGGAGAGUCAUCCAGCAUAUCUGCAAUAACCAAUAACAGAUUCCCCUGGUCUCUGAGUGAUGCUGUGCGUCUUUUUUUGUCUUCCUUCCUGACAAAUCCCUUUCUUUAAAAUCUCUGUAAAACGCUGCAAAAGCUGCUUUCUGGUGAAGACCAUGCUAAAAGGACAUCUGAAGUUUUCCUGAGCUUAAAUCUGUCUGUAAGAAGAAUAAAUCCUGCCGGUCAGUUUGUCAAAAUGAGCUGUAAUUAGGCCGUCAUGCUGACCUUGGAAAUGAUGGUUUGGAAACACAUUUAGUUGCUUCUUUUCACAUAUACACACA